CAAUUCACUGGCUUUUGGCUUUAGCUUUAAAUAAAUUCUUAGAAACGACUCGCUUGGAUUGGAAUCGUCGAUGUCUAUUGCAAUUAUUUACCUCACAAUAUUUCCGGUAAUUCCUGAGCAGAAAAGCAGCUGCAUUUGGCAAUUAAAAAGUAAACAAAUUACACUUUUUACUCGUAUAAAUACUCACAAAAUAUUUCUGCAAUCCAUUCAAAACAAUUGGAAACUUUUUCGCAAACCAAAUUCAACAAAUUUCUCAGAAAUAGCCUCGACUACAACUGUUUUGAUCAAAAGUAUAAAUUUAAAAUUUUGGCAGCCACCGAUUCGAUAAAAAUAUAUAUGCAUCUCACUCUCGCUGCAUGCUUUUCCACCAUACGGUUUUUAUUGCUGAUCUGCUCGCACGCUCUGCCACUGCACUGCAUUCUCCGUAGUGCUGGCAAAUUCACAAAUAGUGCGCGUCAACUGUAGUGUUGGUAAGCAAACAAAAAGCCCCCUCGCAUUUGAUGCUGUCUUUGUGUUUAUUUUUGUAUGGAAACCUCUAAAAUGUCUACCAAACGCAAGGUUCAAGAGAAAGCUCAAGCGGCCGCUGACCAAAACGUGCGCCAGUCUAAUAACAGGCCAUCGCGUCCACGCACUUUCGAAGAAUGCAUGCAGGCAGUGGAAAGUGAAAUCAAUGAACUAAAUCAAAUGAUGGAGGAAUUUAAGAAGUCCCGUUUUGAGCGUGAAACUAAACCGCGAGACAAGAACCCUAGAAAGGCCACCAAGCGCAAGGCAACGAAUGCAGAGACCAGGAAACCAGCGAAUACUCAGGAAAGGAAAGCAACGAGUACGCAAGUAAAGAAGCCAAGGAAUCCACAUGUGCAGAAGCCAACACAAGCAAAGGAGCCAACGACUGGCCAAGCAAAGAAACCCAGGAAGCCCCGAGUAACGAAACUAAAGAGCACCGACUCUACAGAGCCGACUAUCUCUCUGGAUAUGGGAAAUGGAACCACAGGCAAUGGCAUUGCGAAGAUGGACCAGCACCUGGACCAGACGAAGAGCUUCCCAGUUGCGGCCCCAGCGAAGACAAAGAGCUCAAAAUCUGAGGCACCAUCGAAGAUCAAAAAGGAACCAACAAGCUCCCAAUCUAAGGUAACAUGGAAGCUCGAAAAGGAACCAAAAAGCUGCAAAGUUAUGGCAACAAAAGUCGAAGGCUUACCUUACCGCAAAUAGAAGAUGCCCCAGCAAGCAAUCAGCAUUGAGAUGUUGCUGCAACAGUAGCAAUCCCACAGG